UUCACACCAUUGUGAUUAUGUUCGAAGGUACGCGCGCCAUGAAGAUAGUCGGUAGAGACAAAGCAAUCGCCUUUCUUUGAAGUUAAUCCUGUCGCGGCAAAGACAGGACAAGCCCAACGUUCUUUUGCAUAUGUGUGCCUCAGGCAGGAAGUGCAGUCCGCGAGUUGUCAUGUCUUCUAUUCUGCAAGGUGACCUAUGGAUCGCCGAUCACUGAACAAACAGUGGGGAAGAUACCACGUACCCUGUAGGAGAAAUUCGAUCAUCCACAACGAGGGAACAAACGACCCAAAGAACGAUCCAAAGAACGACCCAAAGAACGAUCCAAAGAACGACCCAAAGAACGAUCCAAAGAACGACCCAAAGAACGAUCCAAAGAACGACCCAAAGAACGACCCGAAGAAUGAUCCGAAAAACGAUCCGAAGACCGACCCGCAAACUCGGGAAUCGCAGGAAUCGUCUACUUGUGACACCAGAACGGCCACCGACGUCACCUUCUACGUCUCUUACGAAACUGACUCCGAUGGUAGCACUACAAAGACUUCGACCUAUUCGACCGGCUCUGCCGUUAUCAGAAGUUGCAGUGCCAGUCCUACUACAGUCACGUCAUCAACGGCUACAUGCACUGGAUCUUGUGUGUCUUGUGGCUGGUCGUACAAUGAUCUAGCAGAUCUGGCGGAACAGGUCGAGAGUGCAAAGGAUUUGAGCCCACGUGCGCGCCCCGUUCCGAACCUUCCAGUCGAGACAAGUUUGCCAUCUGGUCGAGGCAUCGCUGGCCGAAUUCGGUUGAGUACAGACGCUCCAUUCCCAACACCCGCACCCAUCUGGCCAACAGAAAAUCUCAAAAAGCGCAUAGAGGAGUCAAGGAUGUACGACAGAUUUGGAACUUGUCAGCUGAAUUCUAUGAUCACACUGGUGAAUUACCCGGACCCGGACAAAUUCCCUAUCAGCGCUAGCAUUGCCGAAGAGAUAGUAAAAUGGUUCGUGGUUUCUAGGCAGUCCACCACUAGCGGCACUUGUAAUGCAGGAUAUGCAUACCAAACCGAUGACAUUGCUGGUGUAUCUCCGGGUCUAUCAGCCAAAACCUACGUCACGAGUUUCGAUCCGUCACUUCGGGGCGAGCCAAAAGUGCCAGUGGUAAACGUCGAUCACGUUUACGAAAACACUCUCCUUGUGCAGUUCUUUGACUACAUUUUCACCCUCCCGGACGCGCCAACUUGUGAGGAAUUCAACAGAGUAUUCAUUGAUACUGAUUAUCUUCAGACACUCUUCGAGGCUCUGGCGAACGAAAAGCAUCCCAACGGUCUAAUAGCUAUGGAUAGAUUCCUCAACAAACUGAAAUCGAAUAUCUUCGGUUCAGACAUGGUUCUUGUGGAAGCAGUCGAUUUCAACAAGGCACAGUCAAAUAUCAAUGGCUAUGGGAUGGUCGCAAAUCUUCUUGGACGAGAAGAAUUCAUUGACGCAUUUCGCAAUACCCACGUUCGCUUGUACUACAUUCUGGGAUUCUACGACACGGUCUUUUCCGAUUGCGAAGUGGUCUUGGAUGAAGAUGGAAACCCUCGUCCUGCACCCACGACAGGUAUCCAUCUUCCGUGGGCUGACACGUACAGUACUUGGAUGGUGUCUGAGCUGUCGUCACGAGCAUCUGUCAUGUCAAGUAGUGCCGCGAUAUGGCACUCUAUAGCAUCAUCUUCUGCUGAGAGCAACACAAACUACAUCACGACGCAGCUCACAAUUACUUAUCCGGUGGAGCAUUUCACAAUGCCUGUACAAGCCAUGGCAGCCGGCCUUGUGAACCUUCACCUCCCCGAACCCACUCCGCAGAUACCACUUGAUCCCCAGCUACCUGCUGCACAAGAAACAACUGCAUCAAAUCGAAAGCGAGCAGCUUGCAGCUAUCGGCCGGUGCCUUCUUCGCUGACAGGCUCUCUUGGGCCUGGUAUGGGCAGCGGCACCGGACCUGGCAAUAACGGUGGCAGCGGACCUGGCGGCGGCAGCUCUGGUGGGAGCAGCAUUAUCGGCGGCAAUAACACGAAGCCCAGCAGCAUCACACCACCCGAUUCUACAACUUCGGCUCCAGCUCCGGCGCCAACGACCUCGGCGGAUGGUGGAAGUACGCCAACGACAAUUGCACCGCCCGGCCCCACAGAAGUUAACGGCCUGGCGAUUGAGAUUUUCACUUCGGAAGAUUGCACGGGAUUCCCAUCCUCGCCUAGCGCACGUGGUGUUUGCAAUGUCUUUUUCUCUGAGGGCAGAAGCGUGCGCAUCAUCAAGGCUCCAACAACUCAAUGCGCGAUUGGUUUCUACUCUCGCGGCUAUUGCAAUAACGGCGAUGGUCAGGAUGGCAACGAUCAAGCGUUAUACCUGCCUUUCGCUUCUGCAUUCGAGGGUCAAUGUGUGCCGUAUAAAGAUGGCGUCGCAUGGGUUGCUAUGCAGACCUUCGGCUGCUGAGUUUGGCGUUUUCAAGGACAACGUGCGGUUUGACGAAGUGAACAGCAGGACUGACUCACCACAGUUCAAAUCGCCGAUAAUUUUGUUCGCAUCACAAAACACAUGAUUUUAUUGAUUCUCAUAUAGAUUACAGCAUACAAUAUACACGUCCU